CAGAGCUUGUGCUUGCCCGCGGCUUUGCGUCUUCGCGGCAGUUCCACUCGCACUCUGUUACCGUGCAGACUCGCAGCAAACCAGUGAACCAGGAUGCCUAUUUUUCGCAAAAACAAGCGCCCGAAACCGACCAGCUACGAGGUGCUGAACAACAACGUCGACUACGGUACGCGGCGGAUCGAACAGUUGCCGCGGCCGUACAGCUGCCAGGUGACGCCGUACCGGGAGCUGGAGUUUAGCGAGCGCACCAAGCGGGCCGCCCAGGCCGUGGUUCCGUUCCUGCUGCCCGCCUGCAAAGCCAUCUUCAUCGGGGACGUUUCGGUCGGGAAAACGUCGCUAGUGAACCGCUUCUGUCACGAAUCGUUCGACGGUGACUACACCGCCACCAUCGGGCUGGACUUUGAGGUGGAACGGUUUCAGAUCCUCAGCCAAGCGUACAGUCUGCAAAUUUGGGACACAGCAGGCCACGAACGGUUCAAAUGCAUCGCACAGUCCUACUACCGCAAUGCGAGCGUCGUAGUGGUUGCGUUCGACAUGACACGCCCGGAAACGCUGCUAAACGGCAAACGGUGGCUCGAUGAGGCACUGCGGUUAAAUACUGGCCCAGUGCUAAAGUUUCUUGUCGGCACCAAAAAAGAUCUGCUGAGCGAUCAGGCACUCUGUGAUAUUGAGCUGGAGGCGAUUAAAAUGGCGUACGACAUCAACGCCGAGUAUUGGCCAGUUUCGGCCCGGACCGGCGAAAAUGUGACCAAGUUUUUCCGCCGACUGGCGGCCCUCGCCUUCGACUAUGGCGUGCAGCGGGCGAUGGAAACGAACGCUUCGCUGCUGCAACCGAACGGGAACAGUUUACUGAAUUUGUACUUCUUGCGCAAGGAAAAGAAGGAGAAAAAGUUCCUCAAAUGUCUAAACUGUACAAUAAACUAAUUUAUUUUUGCCUAUAUUUAAUGAUCCCA